CCCUCCCCUUUGUUUCGAGUUUCAACCUUCACCAAUAUGGCCGCAGCCGCACAGCUUCACUUGCCCCCCGGCUUCCGAUUCCAUCCCACCGACGACGAGCUCGUCUUGCACUAUCUCUGCCCUAAGUCUGCCUCCCGCCCCCUCUCCGUUCCCAUCAUCGCCGAAGUCGACCUUUACCAGUACGACCCGUGGGACCUCCCCGGCAAGGCUUUGUACGGAGAGAAGGAGUGGUACUUCUUCUCGCCCAGGAACCGCAAAUAUCCCAACGGUUCCAGACCAAACCGUGCCGCCGGCACUGGCUACUGGAAGGCUACCGGAGCCGAUAAACCCAUCGGACACCCCAAACCGGUGGGGAUCAAGAAGGCUCUGGUUUUCUACGCGGGGAAAGCGCCCAAAGGAGAGAAAACCAAUUGGAUUAUGCAUGAGUAUCGUCUGGCCGACGUGGAUCGCUCUGCCCGCACAAACAGCACCUUAAGGCUGGAUGAUUGGGUGCUUUGCCGAAUAUACAACAAGAAGGGCAUCAUCGAGAAACAUCCCGCUGCUGGCGGCCGUAAAAUUGAGUGGUCAGGAAUCGAGGACAAGAAGCCGGAAAAUGUGUCUCGUGGUGUUGGUAUUCCCGGCCGGCAUCCUCCUCAUGCUCCGUCUCCUCCCGUGACCGAUUACUUGUACUUCGACAAGUCGGAUUCAGUCCCGAAGCUGCACACGGAGUCGAGCGGCGGCUCCGAGCAUGUGGUAUCGCCGGAGUUUGCGAGCGAGGUGCAGAGCGAACCCAAGUGGAAUGAAUGGGAAACGAACGUUGGGUUCCCAUAUAAUUACGCGGGCGCCACCAUGAACCAUGGUUUCGAGCCUCAGACUCAGUUGAUGCAGAGCAAUAACCAGAUGUCGACGUUGCAGGAUAUUUUCACGUACUUUCAGAAGCCCUUCUGAGUGAAUGGUAAUGGAGUGAUCAUAGAUGCAUCCAGCAGGGAAGCAAAUUUGCUGUGGCUUCAUCAUCGCACGGCAGCACGAGACAGAAGGAGGUCCAUGAGUGUGUCUGUGCGGUCGUGUACAUAGGUGAUUGUUUUCACCAAAGACAGACUGGGAUGGAUGGGGAAGAAGGUGGAAACUGCAUGUGAGGGAAUAUUGAGCGUAGCAGGAGCAUUAUUAUGCGUCCAUUGUAUUUUUUCGUUGAACUGCAAGGGGGCUUGCAAGUUGACGCGUCUCUCUAGCUGAGGGACUGACCAUGUUUAUAUAUACUAGUAGCUUGUACGUACGUACGCAGGCUGCUAUAUAUAUAUGGAGUGUCACUAGCCAGCUUUGGACUGUACUAAUAUCCCGUAGUUCAUUUUCCAUAUAAAUUAUAAUCAUUUACUGAAAGUAACCCUCUUAUAAACCUUUAUAUUUAAGAGAAAAAACAAUUUUAAGUAUUAUUUUACGAAGCUAUAAAAAAUAUUCGAUAUUCACGAGUUCUUAUGA